AUGACUUUGUCCAAGGCUGUAGCCACUCAUUUGGCUCAGAAGCAUGGUUUGCAUGAAGUUGUGGGAAGUCUUAUAGAUGCCUCCUUGUACAGAAUGAUAGUAGGGAGCCUUCAGUAUUUGACCCUCACAAGACUUGAUAUCACUCAUGCUGUGAAUUUAGCAAGCCAGUUUAUGCAAAGCCCAAACACUGAACAUCUUCAAGGGGUAAAAAGGAGGUACAUCAAAGGUACUCUACACUUUGGACUCAAAAUUAUAACACAGUCUCCAUAUAGGUUGUAUGGCUCCUCAGAUGCUGAUUGGGGUGGUUGUACCACCACUAGAAGAUCAACUACAGGCUAUAGCAUCUACCUAGGUGCAAAUUGUAUCUCUUGGACCUCCAAGAAACAGACUACAGUAGCCCGAUCAAAUGAUGAAGCUGAGUAUAGAGCACUAGCUUCCACUGCUGCAGAAAUGACUUGGAUUUUGUAUCUUCUUCAUGACCUUGGAGUGUUCCUUCGAUCUAUUCCUACGUUGUACUGUGAUAACAUGAGUGCCUUGUACAUGACGGUUAAUCCAGUUAUGCAUGCUCGAACCAAACAUGUUAAAAUGGACUAUCAUUUUGUUUUCUCUGGUUUUCGCAGCAAGCUAGGAGUUACAGUUCCUCCACUCACUAGCUUGAGGGGAAAUGUUAAAGGAAGCUUGAAGACUGAUGGAACAUGUCGAAGGAACAGGUUCAUCGAAGCAGGCUGA